CCCUUUCUCAAGCCGCCGCGAUCGGUGACUCUGCUCUCGUUUGCCGGCUCUCACACCUACGCCGCCGCCGCUUGCUCGCGCAUGUGCACUAAGAUGGCGGCCGCUGCUGGAGGGCUGUAGGAGGCGGCUCUGCGGCGGAAGGAGCGACUCAAGGCUCUGCGGGAGCGCACCGGAGCGGCGGCCAGGCAGGUUGAUCCCUCUACACCUGGUGGAGAUUUUUGUGCAUAACGUGAAUGAGCGACAGCUGAAAGUAAAGUUGGCAACAGGGCGAAAAUAUUAUCUGCAACUCUGUGCCCCCAAAGGGGAUGAGAACUUCCUCUUUGAGCGCUGGAUUCACCUUGCUUACCUGUUGCACGUGGCCAGCAGCAGGAUCAGUGCUCCAGUCAGCUUCACCUCGAAGGAAUCGGGGCUUCACACGAUAUGGACGAGUGCUAGCUUGCGUGCUACAUCUGAGAAGCAGCCUUGGCUCCCAGGCACCAUGGGUGCACAGUCCGCGGAAAAGCUGAAGGAGCAGCUACGUCAGGCCAGCUUGGCCAGGAGCAUGUCAAGAUCCACGGAAAGUGACCUUGCUUCACAACACAGCAUCCUCAAAUCAGGUUUUGCUUCUCAAGGAUCAGUUGGAAUCUCACCCAAAAAGGCUGUCAAAAUGUCAGGUAGUGGAAACUACCAGGAGUUCCAGACUGUCGAAAUGCGGAAGGAGCUGGAAGAGUCAAACAAAGAGAAUUCUGAUGCUGGAAGUGCCUCAGGACCAAACUCUACAACUGCUCCACCCUCUGCUUCCAAGACCAUGCUCUACCCACGACCUUACGCUGACCCCUACAAUUCAAGGAAGUAUUUUGCCACAAGGCCCGGCGCAUUUGAUCAAGCCAUGGAUGACCUGAAGGCCCAUGUGAUGUCAAAUAUGGGAGAGACUGCCCACAGCUUCUGGCUUCUGGCUGAGGUAGAUCACUGGAACAACGAGAAGGAGCGUGUUGCGGUCAUCACAGGCUCUGCCCUCCUCAUCUGCAAAUAUGACUUCAUCAUGCUCAAGUGCCUUCAGCUGCAGAGGAUUCCCCUGAGUUACAUCAACAGCGUCUGCCUGGGUUCUUUCACCUUUCCGGAGAGGUCAUUGGACAAGUGAGGCACACAUCUGCUGGUAGUCAGCAUGUUUCUGGGGAUGGAUUGUGAUGUUUUCAACCUGCUUUUUUAAUGCACACUAGCUAAGUGGAACCUCAACCGCACUCUCCCCAGUUGUGAUCCUCAGCAACUGGUAUUCACUGCCUCCAUCAGUGGAGGCAGAAGAUAGCCAUCGUGGCUAGUAGCCAGGGCUAGCAUUACCCUCCAUGAAUUUGUCUAAUCUGCUUGUAAAGCCCUCCAAGUCAGUGGCCAUCGCUGCACCUUGUGGGAGCGAAUUCAAUAGUUUAACUCUGUGCUGUGUGAAGAAGUAUUUUCUUUUGUCUGUCCCGAAUCUUCCAACAUUCAGCUUCACUGGAUGGCCUCAGAUUUUAGUGUUAUGGUAGAGAGAAAAACCUCUCCUUUCCCCCUUUCUCUGCACCAUGCAUGAUUUUUUUACAUCUUUGUCACCUCUACAUGCCCGCUCUUACUUGCCUUUUCCCUCUCACUUGUCCCAAGUGCUGCAACCUUUCCUCACAGGGGAGUUUCUCCAUUCCCUCUACCAUUGUGGUUGCCCUUUUCUGAGCCUUGAGAAGUCUAGGCGACAGGUAAAGGGUGCAAUCCUGCUGGCCAAGGGAAUACAGGAUGUGGCAGAUCUCUAGCUGAGCCAGCUGAGUCCAGCUCAGCAGGGCUAUGGUGGCAUAAAUCCCUCAUUCUAGCCAAGCCUGGCCGAAACGUGGCUCAGCCGAGACCAGCAUAAAUUAAGCUGGCAUAAGUAAAAAAAAAAGGGGGUGUGAUGGGGCAGGGCCAAUGGGAUGGGGACUUUCACCAUAUCCUACUUCCAUUCCAUUCCACUUGGUAUAUGACCUGCAGGCCUGGCUUAAGUUAAGACAGGGGAAAGUUCUGCGGGCUCAGCUGGUCUUCCCCACACACACACACACCAAGGGCUCCUGAGCAGAGUUAGAAUCUGGCAUACUUUCAGCUGGUUUACGUUAACCUAUAGGAUUGUGCCGUUAUUAUGCUGGCUUCCUCAAUGUAGGAUUGCUCUCAAAGUGAGUGAAGCCAGCAAAGUGUUGUUGUGUAAAUUUGUAUAUUUGUUAAGCAGAGAUUGUCAACGGUCUGAGAUGCGAAUGUGCCAGUGUGUGCGUUUACCUAAGUGGCAGGCUUUUACCCUGCAUUGAGAUCACUGAGACUUAAGACUUAGUAAAAGAAGAAAUGCUAUUUUAUUUAUAGAAAUACAUAGUAGAUAGAAAGGCAUACCUGGUUCUAACUAACUAACUAAGUUGAAGGCGCAAUGCCCAGGCGUGGGAGGUGCCCCCAUGGCUCAGGAGAGAGAGAGGAGAGACAAAGGUGUCUCCUCUCUCUCGGACAGUUGGAGAAGAGAGGAAAGGGUGGAAGGAGGAGGGGCAGAUCAGCUCCCUAAGACAUAUCAGUCUAAGACAGAAGGAAGUCAGUCAGAGCAUCACAGGGAAAGGUAGUCAAGCCUAUCCAUCUGGAGGACCCGAACUCUACCUCCAUUCUGGAACACAAACAAAAGAACAAAACAGGAGUUGCUCUUGCCCCACUUCCAACACAAAGAAGGCAACAGCCUUCUUAUUCAAUGGGGCAAACUCUCUCAGGUUCCACUCCCAAUGUUUUCUGGGUUUAUCCUCUGCUGUAAUUAUAUGCCAUCCAAGGAAUCAUGAGGUUUGCUUUUAAAAUAUCUAUUAAAAAGAUCAUCUUCAUCAUAAUACAAGGUCCUUAAGAAAAUAAUUGCUGAGGUUCUUAUGAAUGGCUGCAUGUGAAUUGAGCAGGCAAGUUUGAACACAACUUACAUUCCAACUGUGGAAGAGCCUUCCUUAUAUUUGUUUCCAACAUCCAGCUCCUUGUGAUUUUUGCAUUGCUGCUCUUUUCAUCCCCCACACCUUCCUUUUUGCUUUUGUUUUUAAAGGCCAAGCUACAUUUCGUUGUAGGCAUCUCAGUACAAUCCUUUCCAGUGAGAGAUGUCCAAUUUCAAGGAAGAGUUCUACAGACUGUUAGGUAGAGUCCCCACUUUAGAGAGAUAAGAUAUCUUCCAGUACACAUAACGAUCAAGCCUUUGCACUUUGCUUUUAAUCUUCUGUCUGGACAGUGCUAGUUGGUAACCACUGUGCAAAGCAGUUGUGACUAGAGAUGUAAGAAGGCAUUGUCUCCUGUUCCAUGCAGCAGUGGGCCUCUUGGGAGUUGGUGAAGCAAGCCUUAAAAGGAGGGGGGGGCUUGGUUUGGCUAGGUGGACACCCUCCCCCCAAGCAAGGCACCCUCCUGAACGGGCUGGUCCUCCUCCUUCUCACCCUGCCUCUCUCCAGCCCCAUCCUGUUCCUCUUCUUCCAGCGCCAGACCUGGAUUUAGAAUAUUGGUCAAAAUGUUUUCUAGUUUAAAGAGGUGGGACUAUGAGGGACUGGUGUGGGGCACAAUUAGAUAAAAUCUAAAAGAUACGGAUCCUAAAACCACACAACCGUCAUGACAGUUGUACCAUUAAUGGUACAAUAGGCAAGCAGAGUAUGAGUGUAGACAAACAGACAUUCUCACCAGGCAGUAGAUUCCUCCCACCCCCAUAGCAGCUUGCGCUUCUCAGCUCUCUCGGUUCCAGCUAAAUCCAGGCAGAACAUUUUCAUCCCUCUCUCUCCACCAUUCAUAACAACAAUCCUAACCACCAUGAGGGAGAGGGCCAAGCUGAGCAUCUGGGCAGGGACUUCCAAUGCCUUGGGGCCACCAUGGAGAAGGCCCUGCUCCUGUAUUCCUGCCCAUUGUACUUCUGAUCUGACAAGGGUGGGACAUGAAAGAGAUGGGCAGGAUCAGGAUCAUGUAUGAGGAGAUGGUUCUGGCCUUACUAUUCCAGUACCACCAAUGGGAUUUAUUUAUUUAUUCGUAUGCAAAGAAAUGUAUGCCCCACCUUUCCUCUCCAGAAAGGAAUUGCUCAAAACAGCCUACAAAACAUGGGGGGAAAGGAUGAAAAUAACGAUCAUUAAAACACAAUUGAGAGACAAUGCACUUCGCAGAAUAACAUACACUCAAAAGGCUAAUCCCUGCCCCAAGGACCUUGCAGUUUAAUAGAGGAAUGGAGAGUCUGGGGCCUUCUAGAUGUUGUUUGUCUCCAACCCCUCUUUCUCCUGGCCAAGGACCCUGCAAAAUUGCCCCCAUGAUGCCAGUCACCACUGGUUUCCUUCUGUUGGUGGAAAGGAAAGGCAGGAGGGUAUAAAGACUAUUGGCUUGAGGUCACCAUUCCCGUUCGCAAAUUGCUGUGCCCGCCUCAUGCCAAAGUCAGACUCCUCGCAUUGUCUCUCCUUGGAACGUGCCCAAACUUGGUUUCCAAGGAGCGAGGCCACGUUGUUGGGGUUGUUGUGGCUGUGUUGUGCUAAGGUGAGAGGGAAAGAGGGGCAUCCUGUCUACAUAAUGGAAAGGAAACAGCCCGCUUGGCACACCUGCCAAGAUCUGAAUGCUGCAGAGAUUAGCUUAUUCAAACACUUUACCUCAUCUCAGAGGUGACCUUAGACUGACCUUGUUUUGCCUGGAAAUGGGCUCAAAACUGAAAGGUGUUUGCAAAUCUUCCCAGCUGGAUACCUGGGCAACUGGAGAUUCUUUGGGAAGGAUGUCUUUGUUGUGGAAGAUGUUUGUUUAUUUAUUUCCUUUAUAAACUGCUUCCCAUCAAACAUCCCAGAAUGAUUAAACAAUUUAAAGAAUCAACAAUAAAAGCAUAUAUUUAAACAAUUUGAAAUCUAAUACAGUUACAGAGUGGGAUAAAAAAAUCUCCACUGAGAAGGCUCAUCAAAAGGGAAGGUCUUCAACAGGGGUCAAAAAGACAACAGAGGUGGCACAUGUAAUGGGAGGGAGUUCCAAUGCGUAGAUGCCACCACACUAAAAGCCUGAUUCCUACAUCACAUGGAAGGGACCUCCUGAUGGGGCUAUGUUUUUUAUCCCCUUCUCAUGGUCAGAUCACUACCUGGUGAGAGUAGACCUUUCGAUGUCACACACCCUCCGUGGGGGUAAAGGAAGACGCGGGAAAUGCAAAAGGGGUGUUUGAAACCUCUCGUGUGAAAACGGCCCCGGGAGUUGCAUGCAAGCUGCCUUGGCACUGGGUCGACAAGCCGAAAGGAGUUCAACGAGGCUAAGUGCGGGAGAAGGAGAAGGGCACGCACAUAUACACAAGAGCCUUCCCCAUCCCGAAAGCAGGCAGGGGCUCCCGGCCGCUUCCCUCCCGGAAAACGGCUGACAGGCCCAAGGCGGUCCUUCU